AAAAUGUACAAAAGACAAAAAACGGUAACUUAAAGGAAAGCCACAGCGAUUAGCGCUUUGAUGGUGACGUGUACUCUACACUGCAAUCGCUAUGCUCUUUUUGCAGAGUGGUUACGUUACCGUGCUUUUGUUAAAUGUGUCGUGCGUGGCCACAGAAAAAUAAAUACCAAUUUCUCUGCCAUAGAAGGACGGAGAAAACAUUCUAGCUAUGUUCUGUGGUAAUUGUUUAUAUUUUGUGAUGGGGUUUACCGAUGUCUUUUUCAAAAAUUGGGUAUGCAUAAUUUUGUAGUCUAUUGGUUAACAAAGGAAAAGCUAUCCAAAGCCAAUUUUUAAUUCUUCACUUUGCUACUUUGUGCAAAGGUUAGAGAUAUUGUAGUAUAAAACCAGGGGACUAUUGACAGUUAAAUCCUAAGCUCUAUUAAACAGAAAGUCAUGAGUGAAGAAUCGACUAUGGAAGCAGGUCCUUCUGAAACUGAGAUGAGUCCUCAAGAAUUAGAAAAACUUGAGGAAGCCAAAUUAAAAGCAAAAUAUCCAGCAAUUCCUGGAGGGCCAGGUCGAGUUGGUGGUCACUCCACAUUCCUUCAGAAACGAUUGGCGAAAGGUCAAAAAUUUUUUGAUUCUGGCGAUUAUCAAAUGGCCAAGCAAAAAAUGGGUGGAGUUAACAAACAGCUGAUUAAAGUGCCGGGACCCGUGCCGUUCCCAACUGGCGAAGCUAUACCAACACCUGAGACUGUUCCUGCUAGAAAAACAUCCAUUGUGCAACCAUCGAAGUUAACAUCAAAUGUCAGCUAAAAACACUUUUUAAUUUUUCAUUAAAUUACAGUUAGAUAGUAAAAAAGAAAAUGUUUGAAUUAAGGUAAUCCCACAUAAUUUUGUAUUGUUAUAAAACACACAGAUCUUAUAUAAAAAUUUUGAAGUUUAAUUUCUCAAAAAUGUUAAAAUUUGAUUUUGAACAUAUUUAUUGAUUUUUUUCUUGAAAUUUAAAGGUUUUAAGGUCAUUUUUCUUGUAGCACAGAAAUCUAGUUCCCUUAUUUGUCAUUUCUUGUUUAGUAAUACCCAGUUGGAGUUAAAUUUGAUUUAGCAUCUUGCAUAAAUUCCGCUUAAUUUCUUAACCUCCAUAUUUCCAUGUAUUAUUUUUAAUUAUUUCAAAAUGUAACUUGUUUACGAAGGAUUUCAAAUAUACAUUUUAA